GAUCCUGAAGAGGCACAAGGGCAGGAUCACCCGAGGAGUAGGAGGACUUGUUUGAGGUCCUUCAGGAUGUCGUAUGGUCCUGUUUUGUUCCUGGUCGCCUGUGGUGGGUGGAUGGGUGUAGGACUGUCCGCCAUAGUCACGUCUGAGGGGAUCUACGGCGUCUCAGACAUGUACUAUGAAAACGCGAUUGUCCAUUCCUCUAUGCGCACGGAAGAGAGACUCUUGGAGACGUAUUAUCCAACUUCAGGAAUAUCAGUACAGCAGAUGUUGUUGAUGUGUCACCGGCGCUGUAUUCAGCACAGCAACUGUCACUCCUUCAUCUUCAACGCCUCUGGAAACUACUGUAGGCUCACCACCUACGACCGCUGUGCCGAUUCCUUGCCGAUCUUGUAUAAGAAGGAUGGUAUGAAAACCUUCGACGUCAGACCUGGACACUUGCCAAAGCCUAUCAGAACCUGUUUCACUGAGUGCCUUCAGGGUGACUGUUGGAUAUGUGGAAGGCUUCACUGCCAGGGGGAACAUUGUGAUGACUGUGCCCAUAACUGUUGGAACGAACAAUUGAAAAAUAAAACUGCUUACCUUCUCUUGUGGAAGACUGAAGCUCUGACGUUAACCAGUAAAUACCACUGUGACCGCGGCUGGCAAAAAAUCUGGAGAUUCAAGAAGGAUGAGAGUUCAAUAACAAAGUCCUUUAUGUAUGAUUUGUUGUGGGUAAAUCCGCUGUCGCUGAGGCUGCGUGUCGUCUACGAUGACUUCACCGUGUACUCUUACUUUGCCAACUUCAGUUACUCCUCCAAAAUUAUCGGAGUUGGGAACUUCCUCGGUGGCGACGCAGGCAACUACUGGCAAGCGCCCUUUGAAAACUUGAACCUGAAGACCACCUGUCCGCUCUUCCACUCCGUCGACUAUAACUGUACCUCGGAUGGCGACGGAUUGUACUCAAACUUGACGUGGCUCACCGGCAACGACACUCUCGACAGCAAAAUCUUGACCGAGGUCGAUAUAUGGGUCACAGCUGUGGGCGAGGAAUGGUACGACCAGGCUUAUCCUUGGGUCGUCUAGAGCAGCACCACCUUGACCAAACGGCGCCGACAACAUUACUACUUGGAACAACACUAUUGCCAAGUUAACAUAACCGGGGAAGCUCUCUCUCUCUCUCUCUCUCUCUCUCUCUCUCUCUCUCUCUCUCUC